CUGAUUUAUAUGUGUAUACACAAGGAAAGAACGAUUAGAAGCCACUGGAGUACCCCAAAGCCCGGUGUUCAACGCCCUCAGCACUCAAUCAUCAAGUUCAUGUCACAGUGGAAGUUUCAGCUUAUCCACCGGCACCUUCGUCCCUUUAACCACACCAAGAUCGAUGAGGCUGCCCCUUUGCCGAAGGUAUUCCAAGCUGCUGAAGAGUGGUCUGAUCAUAUACAGGCUGUGUCUGCAGAGAUCUUCCUUCCGGGCUCUCAUUUGGCUGUGGAUGAGUGUAUGAUCCGCUAUACCGGCAGAUCGAAGGAGACAACGGUUGUCAACGGCAAGCCGGCCCCCCUAGGGUUCAAGAUCUGGGUUAUCGCUCAACAAGGCUUCUUUAUCCGCUGGCUAUGGCACAUCAAGGAUGCAAAAUACGGUACCGUUGGCGUUGAACUUCCUCCAUCGAAGUCAUCCACACGAGGUCGGGGAGGGCGAAGAGACGGCCGAGGCAGGGGCGCAGCCAAGGCCGCAGGGAAGAAGCUUGCCAACGAGGCUACCACAGAAGACAAGCCUAUCGCCUUGAACUCGACCCAGAGCGUCGUUGUUGCCUUAGCAAAUCUACUGCCAAAAGCGACAUAUCACGUCUUUGUGGAUAACCUCUUCUCGUCGUCCGAUCUCUUCCGCAGCCUCCGCAAGCAUGGCCACGGAGCUACAGGCACCGCUCGCCCUGACUGCGGCAUCCACAAGGAGCUGCAGCAGGAUAAGAAGGCUGAUGGGGGGUCAAGACCAGCUACGAAUUCAACCAGGUCAAGAUAA